UCACUCUCGCGACUGUCUUUCACAAUGAGCUCCAAUGACGCGAGGUCCUACCAAUCCGGGGAUCGCGCUUCAGACCUCCUUGAGCAAGCUCAGCCUGACACCGUCGAUGAUGAUAUCGCGCCGCUGCCCGAACCACGUCUCCCCGACCUAGAGUUGCCACAGUCAGAGCUCGAUCUCACCGUGACCUUUGAAAGCCUCCUCUCGGAGGUGACCGGCAAAACUGCAGAACCAGAGGAAACGCAAAAGGUCCAGAAACGCGCCAGUAACGUGCUAAAGUUGGCACAGGAGAAUGCGAAGCUGCAGGAGGAGCUCCGGGCCAUGAACGAGAGGCUAGAGGCAGCGCAACGGAGACAAGAGGAGCUAGGUCGGAAGUUACAAAGUCGUCCAACUUCAUAAGCUGGAAGGUCAUGAUCACAUCUGGAUUCCUGGAAAAUUAUCAAACUGUAUACCAUGUCGUCGUGCGAACCCACGCCCUUUGUGUAUCUCAUACCCCCGGAGCUGCUAACUUAUGUCCUGGCAAUAAUUCUCAUAACUUUGG